AUGUCAUCGUACAGAGCAACGAGGACGGCCCUCCGCGCCGUCGCGCGCACAUCGAGGCCCGCCACCAGACCCUCACAAUCGCGAUCCUUCGCCAGCGUCCACGCCCCCUCAAGCGCAGGCUUCCUACACCAGAACCACCAAACAUCACAACGCCGCCCGACAGCAACAACAAGCCGGCAACAGCAGCAGCAAAGACAAUCCCCCUUUGCCGCCCGCACCGGCGCCGUCCGCACAAUCUUCAUCCAGACCGAAAACACACCCAACCCAGACGCCGUCAAAUUCCUCCCGAACCACCGCAUCCUCCCCGACACCCUCUCCACCCCCUUCAUCGAGUACCUCAACCCCCGUUCGACCAUCGCGCCGCCCUACCCCUCCCCGCUCGCCGCCCAGCUCAUGAACAUUGACGGCGUCACCUCGGUCUUUUACGGCGUCGACUUCAUCACCGUCAACAAAUCCCCCGACGCGAACUGGGCGCACAUCCGCCCCGAAAUUUUCGCCCUCAUCACAGAGGCAAUCACCUCGGGCCAGACCAUCGUCACUGUCUCGGCGGACAAGGAGGGCGGCGCGGGCGCGGCGGCCGACGGCGGCGCCCCCGAGGAGCCCGACAGUCUCGCCUACGAUGAGAACGAUAGCGAGGUCGUCGGUAUGAUCAAGGAGCUGCUUGAGACGAGGAUACGGCCUGCUAUCCAGGAGGACGGUGGCGAUAUCGAGUUCCGCGGGUUCACGGACGAGGGUACUGUGCUGCUGAAGCUCCGCGGCGCGUGCCGGACGUGCGAUUCUAGCACCGUGACGUUGAAGAAUGGUAUCGAGAGCAUGUUGAUGCAUUAUAUCGAGGAGGUCAAGUCCGUCGAGCAGAUUCUCGAUCAAGAGGAGGAAAUCGCCAACCUAGAGUUUGCAAAGUUUGAGGAGAAGCUCAAGUCCCAAAAGGGACCCGAGGCGACCGCUGCAUAG